UCAUUAAUGUGUUAUUAUACUGUUUGUUGAAGGAGAUCCUGGCUCACUCAUCAUUUUCGUUUGCUAAUUAAAUGUGUUUAUGUAACAAAACUUACAUGGAUGAAAGAUUGAUGUAACACUAAGGGAGCUACAUUAUGUCUGUCUUGAGCUCAGACAUGAAAACUAAUGGUUUUAAGUUGAUGAGAUUGAUUGUUGAUGUUGGUGGAGAAGCUUUAAGAAUAACAUUGAGGAAACAACUGUCAGAAUUUUGUUUGAAAUCUUUGGAUAACCUCAAAGCUGAAGGUGUAAACUAUGACAUCAUCAAACAUGUGUCAGUGAGGUAUUCAGUUAAGUAUUGGUUGCUUCAUUUACUUGAUAUUUCUGAUAAUGAUUAUAUCGUUGAAAAUGUUGGUAAAUAUCUUGUUGACUUGGAAGUUUUAGUUGCUUCUGUGUUGGUUGAUGGUCGUCGGACUUUUGAAAAUUUUGAGUUAUUCAACGCACAUGAUGUGUACUUUCUUGUUUCUGAGGAGAUUCGAUUGUUAUUUAAUGAAGUUUAUUCUGUGAUAACGUUCUCUAAGGUCUUUGACAAUAAGGUAUCUUUUUUGCAAUACGUUGCCAACGACGUCAAAGAUCUGUCGUCGCAAGCAACCACAAUGCUUCAAACACGUUUCAAAGAUUCACCAUAUCUAGAGGACAAAAACAUGGGUUUUGUACGAUUAUUACGAUUAUUUCAUUGGUUGAUUUCUGUUGAUGUUUCACAAAAUCAUGAUUACGUCGUGUGUGGUUAUAAAGGAUUCAUCGUGCAACUUUUUUCAUUGAGAACAAACACGUGUUUAUGGAUAAAAAAUAUUGCUGGUCAGUUUAAGCAAUAUGAAGAGGAAAAUUGUUGCGUUGUCUUUCAUCCAUUCGAAGAUUUGAUUUUUGCUUCCCAGCUUGAUAAGAUACUGAAUAUUAAUGGUAAAAUUUCCUUCAGUCCGUUCCAUUGUGAUGAUUCUACUUCUAAGUUCUUUACCAACAAAUGUUUUUCUAAGGACAAGUGCACAAUGGUCACUAGUUACAAAGAUACUUUGACAGUAUGGGACGUUGACAAAGGUGAGAAGAAACGUAGUAUUAGAUGUAAUAAUGUGACCUCACUGUGUUUUUCUAAUUCUGGAAGAUAUUUGUGUGUUAUUGAGGAAGAAAGAGAUGUUCAAAUAUUUGAUGUAACGAAUAAUUAUAAAACAUUCGUUUACUACGAUCAUUUACUGUCUGGUAAUUUAAGUGAGCCUGGUAUUUUCUUCACUGUUGGUCUUCAUUCUUGGUGUUGUGGUUGGCCUCCUUUUUUCCUGAGUGAACCUUUCAUUUUAAAUCCCACUGGAGAGAAACUUCCUGAUUUUGAUCCUGAUUCCCAAACUUUGUUUUUUCCUCUUGAUCCUUAUGAUGAGAACAGAUCAAGCUUUUCUUUUGAUAGAGCAGGAAAGUAUUAUUUUAUCUUGUAUAACAACAAUGUUCUUUUGUUUAAUUACAGAUAUGACUUUUAUCUUUGUUUAAUUCCGCGUGCAUGUUUAACUAACAGUUACAGUAUUUAUAACGAGAAAUUUUGCUCAAAUGGAAAAUUUCUGUAUUGGAGCAAUAAAGAAAAUUCAAGGAUAGUUCUAUACAAUCUUAAAACAUUUGACUGUGUUGUCAAGGAUGGUUUUUUUAGUGACAUGGUUGCUGUAGAAAAUGGAGUUAUUUUGCUUACCGCAAAAAAUAUUCCUGAGCUUUGGAAUAACGAUUUGACAAAACUUGUCUAUAGUUUUGAUGAACUAAAAGGUACAAACAAAAUUUUUGAGGUGAGUGAUGUAUCAUUUGCUUGUCAAAAAACUGAUUCUUUUGUGUUUUUCAGUGUAGAAAACAAGCGAAAAGAAAUAUCAGUGAAUUUUAAAAAUUAUCGAAAUGUGCACGUAUUUGCAUGUAGCUCUAAGUAUCACGUGUCGGAUGAUUUACUGUAUGUGGCAUGAAGACAAACUUGUUAAUGGUUGGAAUGACGUAAUUAGGAAGGAAAUGAAAAAUUUAAUCGCCGACAAAGACGUUGAAUGGGAGUACCUGUGUUAUAGGACUCCCUGUAUAACUUACGCAGAUUAUUCACCUUCAGCAGAUAAAUUAUUAAUAGGUAAACCAGAGCUGUAUGUGAAAUUCUUUAACGUUAAAAACCUA